AUGCAUGGUGGUCCAGCUGCAAUGCUUGCUUAUGUUCGAGAACGUUUUUGGCCUAUACAUGGACGCACCAUGGCUAGAAAGGUAUUCUAUGAAUGCGUAAGUUGCUUUAGAACAAAACCUGUUACCGUUCAACGAAUAAUGGGUGAUCUGCCAAAACAAAGGAUAGAACCAAGUCGACUAUUCUCCGUAUGUGGUAUAGAUUUUGCUGGACCUUUCAUGAUUAAAGGAAGUUUACGUCGAAAUGCACCAAUUACAAAGGGAUAUUUAUGUGUUUUCAUAUGUUUUGCCACAAAGGCAAUACAUCUCGAACUAGUGUGUGAUUUAUCAACGCAAGCAUUCUUAAACGCACUUAAACGUUUCACCAGCCGAAGAGGACUCUGUUCAGACCUAUACUCCGAUAACGCAACAAAUUUCGUUGGGGCCAAUCGAAAAUUAUCCGAGUUAAAAAAUUUAUUUCAUAAUGAAGACAGUAUGGAAACCCUCCAAGGAUAUUUUACCAAAUUGGGAAUCCGCUGGCAUUUCAUACCCCCUCGAUCCCCUCAUUUCGGGGGCCUAUGGGAAGCUGCGGUAAAGUCGAUAAAGACUCAUUUAUACAGAACGGUAGGUAACGCAAAUAUGACUUAUGAGGAAUUGAACACUGUUGUAAUUCAAGUAGAGGCCUGUCUAAAUUCCCGCCCUUUGUGCCCGUUGUCCUCCGACCCGUCCGACUUAAAGGCUUUAACCCCGGGACAUUUCCUAACUGGAGACUCGUUAGUUGCUAUACCUGAGCCCAACGUUACCACCACACCUAUAAAUAGACUGAAUAGGUGGCGAAGAGUAACACAGGCUUUCCAACAAAUAUGGUCUCGAUGGCAAAAGGAGUAUUUGGCUCAGUUGCAGCAGCGUGGUAAAUGGGAAAGCGAAAAGGGGCCAAGGGUGAAGAUUGGUACAGUGGUAUUGAUGAAAGAAGAUAACAUACCUCCUUUACAAUGGAAAUUAGGCAAGGUAGUUCAAUUGCAUACUGGUCCAGACAAAGUCGUAAGAGUAGUCACAUUGCUUUCUGCCAAGGGUCAAUUUACGCGAGCUAUUCGGAUGAUUUUACGUAUUUGA